CUCACUGUCGCCUUGGUUACAGGCAGACCUAACAGUGUCUUUAGCAUGUCAACAUCUGCGACUUGAAGCGUUUCAGUCUUCCUAUUCUUUCUGUCGUCGACUUUUACAAACUGUAGCUCCUCUCUGACAAAGCAAGAAGAUGAGCGGGAGCGGUGACGACAUCCAGCCUGUGAGCUGCACCAUCAAACCUCCGGUCUACCUGCACAUCGGAGACACCAAAGCAGACGCAGCUCGCUCCGGUGUUUGUGUUGUAGACGUCACCCUGCCCUUUGGAAAGCCUGUCAACAUUGAGGAAAUCACCUUUAAGAACUACUACACGGCGUAUGUGACGGUGCGUUUGCUGAGGAAGAGUUUGGGGCCGGAGGCCAACGCUAAGUGGUGCACUGCUCUGAGAGACCUGCCGCUGAUGGACAACCCCCACACAGAGGGGGGGUCCCAGGACUACUGCUCCAUCCACAGGACACAGAUGCAGGUGGAGGCGGAUCAUGUGUUGUCUGUGAGACUGAUCCUGAGACAGCCGUCGUCCGCCUGGCUCACCUUCGGCCUCGAACACAUCCAAAUAUUCCCUCACACGGAGCCGGACCCAGAGAAGGAGGUUUCUGAUUGGCUGUCUGAUCUGACGCUGGUCGACCAACACCCUGACCUGGAGGGCCUCCCGGACCCCCAGACGGUUUCAUCCAGCAUCCAGCAGAUGUGGGCUCUGACUGAGGUGAUGCAGACCAACCAGACUACAGCCUCCAUCGGACGGUUUGACGUGGAUGGAUGCUACGACAUCAACCUGCUCUCCCUGACGUAACCUGGCCGCUGACUCCUUACUCUACAUGUACAUAAAGCUCACUUUAUGGAAGAUAUAAUGACAGGAAACUAUUCAAACGUAUAUUUCCUGCUUAAGAGCCAUAGACCCAAUCCCAAUGUUUGUUCACAAUAACUUCCGGGUAGAAAACUCCUGCGUCCCGUACAAACAAUUUAACACUCCUGUUGUUCUUCGGUCAAAUUUGAUCCAUUUUCAAAACGUUUCUAUAUCAGAAAUUUCGGUUUCUUAUAACCAAAUUGUCAAAAGAAAUAAUGUGGAUGGUUCCACACAACCAACGCUCUUCACAAGUUGAAUAA